AUGUCGACAAAUGAGCCACCACAGCACAUAAAAGAUCAAGAAGCUACGUCUCAAGCGAGUGCGCAAUCUUCACCUUCGACUCCUUCUCAGCCACUUGGAAUGGAGCAAUUACACCAUCAGCAGUCACAGACAACACAGAACCUUCACCCAGUCAGAAGCCACGGUAAUCUUCCAGACAUAGAGCGCCUUAAGCUUGAAAGUGGUCCGAUUUCACCUACGCCUUAUUCUGCUUCUUCUGGCGGUAUAUUGAAACAACUCGACCAAAGCACGAACGCCUCGAGACUUGCGAGCAGAGCACCAUCACGCGCACCUUCCGUAGCCGGUAUUGGUAAAACUGCAGCUAAACCUGAUUACUCAGAGGCGAAGAUUGUCGUCGCGAUGGUCGGUUUACCGGCGCGUGGAAAGUCAUAUCUCAGUAACAAGCUUAUGAGAUACUUGAAAUGGUUGGAAUAUGAUGUAAAGGUCUUCAACGUCGGUCAGUAUAGACGCAAAUUGGCAAGAGAAAAGAAGGCGGCAACGGGCGCGAAAGAUGAUCACUCAGCUAGCUUCUUCAAUCCAAAUAACGCAGAUGCAAUGGGUAUGCGUGAGACUAUGGCUAAUGACUGCCUUGAGCACCUUAUCGAUUGGUUGAAACAAGGUGGUAAUGUUGGUAUACAUGAUGCAACGAACUCUACUAUGGAGCGUCGUCAAAAAUUAGCCGAGAGAAUUAGCAAGGAGAGAGGUAUGCAGAUCAUUUUCAUUGAAUCUGUCUGUGAGGAUCCAAAAGUAAUUAGUGCAAAUGUAGCGGGUAAAGUCAGCGCAGGUGAUCCAGAUUACAAUGGAAUGACACCAGAGCAGGCAGAGGCAGAUUUCAGAAGACGUAUAAGUCAUUAUGAAGCUGCUUACGAACCUGUGAACGAGCCGCAUAUUAGUUAUUGUAAGGUAAUCAACGUUGGUCAGAAAGUACAGUGUAAUCUCAUUAACGGCUACCUCCAAUCAAGAAUAGCUUUCUACCUUAUGAAUCUGCACGUAUCUCCAAGAAGCAUCUACCUCACAAGACAUGGUGAAUCUAUGUAUAACGUUGAAGGUCGUAUCGGUGGUGAUAGCGAUCUCAGUCCUCGUGGUUCGAGGUAUGCGCAGGCGUUACCAAACCUCGUUAGAGAUAACGUUGGUGAUGUUCCAUUAACUCUUUGGACUUCUACUCUCAAGCGGACUAUUCAAACAGCAGCUAACCUCCCAUAUCCAAAACUAACCUGGAAAUCACUUGAUGAACUGGAUGCUGGUGUCUGUGACGGCAUGACUUACGAGGAGAUUGAGGAAAACUACCCAGAAGACUAUGCUAAUCGUGAUGAAGACAAGUACAACUACAGAUACAGAGGUGGUGAAAGUUAUCGCGAUGUUGUCAUUAGAUUAGAACCUAUUAUCAUGGAAAUGGAAAGACAAAACAACGUUCUAGUUAUUUGUCAUCAAGCUAUUUUGAGAGCCAUUUAUGGAUACUUCCAUAAUAUCCCUCAAGAGGAGAUUCCAUAUAUCAAAAUACCACUGCAUACUGUUAUUAAACUCACUCCGAAGGCUUACGGAUGUGAUGAGGUCAGGUAUCAGCUCCCAAUUGAGGCUGUGGACACACACAGACCAAAACCAACUAUCAAAAGGUCAGAUAGCAAGUCAAGCAAAGCUAGUGCACCAAGUUCAGUUCAGUGAUCGUGUAAUCAAGAUGAAUGAAGGCAAUUUUUUGAGUGGAGUGUAGUGUUACAUGAUGUGUCUAUAUUCUUUCAGAGUCUGAAGUACUCUCGCUUUCUUCUUUUUUGGUGGAUUCUUCUGACUUUUCUUCGUUAUCAUCCUCGUCGAUUUCAUCGCUGUAGUGUUCUGGAUGGCUUCUAAAGCAGUCUGCUUAUGUGAGAAUAGUGUAUAGUGAGAUAUUGGACAUACCCUGCAUUCCUUUGAAUGCUUCAACACAAUCUAUACCCUUUGGUUCUGCUUCCGAAUAAACAAAGCAGGCUGGUGUAUUCGAUAAGAAUUAACAUAGCACCUAUAAGUAUCACCCACAGAAUGCAGUCUUGAACUCUUCACCGCAUGGUCCGUAUGCCAUUCCACCCAAACAUGGACAAUCCCAGUUUAUUUCACUAAGCGGAGUUAGAUCGUUAUCCAAAAUAGCUGUGUAUCCUACCCAGUCUCUGGAUUGUAUGCGCCUCCGCUACUACUACCAGUGGCACUGCUUUCAGCUUGUUCAGUUUGUUCAACUUGCUCAGCUUGCUCAAAAGCUGGUGGCGCUUCAACUGAUUGAUCGUCCUUCUUAUCAACACCCUCACUCAUUGAUUACUAAUGGAGGUGAUCGUCAAGAGAGAAGAUAGAAGAAUAGCAGACUCUUCUUCUACAAAAUUUAUAACAACUUUACAAUUCUCCGACGUCGCAGAUAAAGACAGUGUCUGCUCCAAACUGCUUACUAGCACGAUGUCUGACUACUGGUCUGUCACCAUCUGUUAUGAUCGAAACACCAUCACUGCCUAUCAGAGUGGGUGAUACCGUUACUAUCAGUUUGUCUACUACGUUUUUGCUACUCAAGAGCGAACGUAUCACUGUAGCACCACCUUCUAUCAUGUAUCUUUUGAAACCAAAUUCCUUCGUUAUCUUAUCGAAUAUACUCCUAUCCCACCUUAGUCCUUCAUCAGAGCAAGUGAGCACGCCAAAUAUCCUAACACCAGAUUUCUCUAAGUCAAGAAGCUUCUGUGUGCUUUUCGCUCCUUCAAAUGUCAACAGAAUCGGUGCUCUGCCAAUCCCUCUUUUGUAAUUCUCUAUUAUUUUCGCGUUGACUGGGCAUUUAAAGUGUGGAUCAAUAAUAACUGGCGUAGGUUGAUCUUCUAAUGCUGCCAAACUGGGUAUUCUUGCAUUUAAACCAGGAUUAUCGUUAAGGAGGGUACCACUACCGACUAUAAUAGCAUCUGAGAGUAAUCGCAGGCUAUGCGUCAUAGCCAUACUUUCGUCGCAGGAUAAUCGUAUUUGCUUUCCUUCUUUACCUGCUAUACAUGCAUCAAGUGAUUGAGCGUAGGUUAGUAUGAUUUCCAUAUCCUCAU